AUGAGUGGGUCCAACCAGUCGAGCGUGACCGAGUUCCUCCUCCUGGGAUUCUCCCAGCAGCCCCCACAGCAGCAGCUGCUCUUCAUGCUGCUAUUCCUGAGCAUGUACGUGGCCACGGUGCUGGGGAACCUGCUCAUCAUCCUGGCCAUCAGCGUGGACUCCCGCCUGCACACCCCCAUGUACUUCUUCCUGUCCAACCUGUCCUUUGUGGACAUCUGCUUCUCCUCCUCCUCGGUCCCCAAGGUGCUGAGCAACCACGUCCUGGGGACUCAGGCCAUCUCCUUCUCGGGCUGCUUUGUGCAACUCUAUUUUCUGAUCGUGCUAGCGGACAUGGACAAUUUCCUCUUGGCCGUGAUGGCCUACGACCGCUUCGUGGCCGUGUGUCACCCCUUACACUAUGCCACCAAGAUGACACCGAGGCUGUGUGCUGGCCUGGUGGCCGGCUCGUGGCUCGUGGCCCACCUCAAUGCCCUGCUGCAUACGCUGCUGGCAGCUCUCUUGUCCUUCUGCAAAGACAACGUCAUCCCACACUUCUUCUGUGAUGUCACCCUCCUCCUGCGACUAUCCUGUUCUGCCACACAACUCAAUGAGAUGAUGAUCCUCGUGGAGGCCGGGUUGCUCAUGCUGGCUCCCUUCGUCUGCAUCCUGGUCUCCUACCUGCUCAUCACUGGUGCUGUCCUCCGUGUGCCCUCAGCCAAGGGCAAGUGGAAGGCCUUCUCCACCUGCGGCUCCCACCUGGCCGUGGUGUUCCUCUUUUAUGGCACCAUCAUCUUCUUGUACUUCAACCCUUCCACCUCGCACUCGGCCUACUCGGACAUAGCGGCUGCUAUGAUGUAUACGGUGGUGACGCCCAUGCUCAACCCUUUCAUCUACAGCCUGAGGAACAAGGACAUCAAAGGAGGCCUGAAGAAGUUGGUGGCUGUGAAAUUGAGUCACUCAUGA